CCUUGGGUACACAUCGUUAUGGAGACUCCUCUUGAGAAGGCACUGACCACCAUGGUCACCACUUUCCAUAAAUAUUCAGGGAGAGAGGGUAGCAAGCUGACCCUGAGUAGGAAAGAACUGAAGGAGUUGAUCAAGACAGAGCUGAGUCUUGCAGAGAAGAUGAAGGAGAGCAGCAUUGAUAACUUGAUGAAGAGCCUGGACAAAAACAGUGACCAGGAGAUUGACUUCAAGGAGUACUCUGUGUUCCUGACCACGCUGUGCAUGGCCUACAAUGACUUCUUCCUAGAGGAUAACAAAUGACCAGGACACUGGCAGCUCCUGAUCCUGACCUCUGCAGCCUCUUUAACUGCCCCUCCUAUGCCCCCUGCCCUUCUCUUUCUCCCAGAUGAAUCCUUCCAGCAGAGAAAUAAAGCCUUAUCCAUUGCA